UCUCCGCCCGCUGCGGGGAUGACUCUGGGGGGGCGCCGAGCCCGCGGCGCGCAGUGUCCCGUGAACUGUGAGUACUGCGACUGAACGGCGGCCGGCGAGCGGGCGAUUAGCACCCAUUGCAUGAAUUAUGAAACAAUAACUUUCGGAAGAAGCAGAAGGAAAAGAAAAAAGAAAAAGAAGGACACCUCGCUGGUCCCCCUGGCCGACUCCGCACGCUGCUCUUCUCGCCCCCUCCCUCCUCUCCCUUCCUCCUUUCCCGGAGAGAGAAGAGGACUGGGAGGAGGGCCGGCGGCCGGCCCCGGAGGAGGGGGGCGCCGAGGGGGCUGUGACUAGAACGAGCAGUAGCAGCAGCAGCAGGAGAAGAUGCUGAGGAUGCGGACCGCGGGAUGGGCGCGCGGCUGGUGCCUGGGCUGCUGCCUCCUCUUGCCGCUCUCGCUCAGCCUGGCGGCCGCCAAGCAACUCCUCCGGUAUCGACUGGCCGAGGAGGGCCCGGCGGACGUCCGCAUCGGCAACGUCGCCUCGGACCUGGGCAUCGUGACCGGCUCGGGUGAGGUGACUUUCAGCCUCGAGUCGGGCUCGGAGUACCUGAAGAUCGACAACCUCACCGGCGAGCUGAGCACCAGCGAGCGGCGCAUCGACCGCGAGAAGCUGCCCCAGUGUCAGAUGAUCUUCGACGAGAACGAGUGCUUUCUGGACUUCGAGGUGUCGGUGAUCGGGCCCUCGCAGAGCUGGGUGGACCUGUUCGAGGGCCGGGUCAUCGUGCUCGACAUCAACGACAACACGCCCACCUUCCCGUCACCCGUGCUCACGCUCACGGUGGAGGAGAACCGGCCGGUGGGCACUCUCUACCUGCUGCCCACCGCCACGGACCGUGACUUCGGCCGCAACGGCAUCGAGCGCUACGAGCUGCUCCAGGAGCCCGGGGGCGGCGGCGGCGGCGGCGGCGGCGGCGGCGGCGAGGGCCGGCGCGCCGGGCCUGCCGACAGCGCCCCCUACCCCGGGGGCGGCGGGAACGGCGCGAGCGGCGGCGGCCCAGGCGGCUCCAAGAGGCGGCCGGACGCGCCGGAGGGCGGCGGCGGGACCAACCCCGGCGGCCGCAGCAGCGUGUUCGAACUGCAGGUGGCCGACACCCCGGAUGGCGAGAAGCAGCCACAGCUGAUCGUGAAGGGGGCGCUGGACCGGGAACAACGCGACUCCUACGAGCUGACCCUGCGGGUGCGCGACGGUGGAGACCCGCCGCGCUCCUCUCAGGCCAUCUUGCGGGUGCUCAUCACCGACGUGAACGACAACAGCCCCCGCUUCGAGAAGAGCGUGUACGAGGCGGACCUCGCCGAGAACAGCGCCCCGGGGACUCCCAUCCUGCAGUUGCGCGCCGCCGACCUGGACGUGGGGGUCAACGGGCAGAUCGAGUACGUGUUCGGAGCCGCUACCGAGUCCGUGCGGCGGCUGCUGCGCCUCGACGAGACGUCCGGCUGGCUCAGUGUCCUGCACCGUAUCGACCGGGAGGAGGUGAACCAGCUGCGCUUCACGGUCAUGGCCCGGGACCGCGGGCAGCCCCCCAAGACCGACAAGGCCACGGUGGUCCUCAACAUCAAGGACGAGAACGACAAUGUGCCGUCCAUUGAAAUCCGCAAGAUCGGGCGUAUCCCUCUCAAGGACGGGGUGGCCAACGUGGCGGAGGAUGUUCUUGUCGACACCCCCAUUGCUCUGGUGCAGGUGUCCGACCGAGACCAAGGCGAGAACGGCGUGGUCACCUGCACCGUGGUGGGCGACGUGCCCUUCCAGCUCAAGCCGGCCAGCGACACAGAGGGCGACCAGAACAAGAAAAAGUACUUUCUGCACACCUCGGCCCCUUUGGACUAUGAGACCACCCGGGAGUUCAACGUGGUCAUCGUGGCGGUGGACUCGGGCAGCCCCAGCCUCUCCAGCAACAACUCCCUGGUUGUCAAGGUAGGAGACACUAAUGACAACCCGCCUGUCUUCGGCCAGUCAGUAGUGGAGGUUUACUUUCCCGAGAACAACAUCCCUGGAGAGAGGGUGGCCACGGUGCUGGCGACGGACGCCGACAGCGGGAAAAAUGCAGAGAUCGCCUACUCGCUGGAUUCCUCUGUGAUGGGGAUCUUUGCCAUCGAUCCCGAUUCCGGGGACAUCCUCGUCAAUACGGUACUGGACCGCGAGCAGACUGACAGGUAUGAGUUCAAAGUUAACGCCAAAGACAAAGGCAUCCCAGUGUUACAGGGCAGCACCACGGUGAUUGUGCAGGUGGCUGACAAGAAUGACAAUGACCCUAAGUUUAUGCAGGACGUCUUUACGUUUUAUGUGAAAGAAAACUUGCAGCCCAACAGCCCUGUGGGGAUGGUCACGGUGAUGGAUGCUGACAAGGGACGCAAUGCAGAGAUGAGCCUCUACAUAGAGGAAAACAGUAACAUUUUCUCCAUUGAAAACGACACGGGGACCAUUUAUUCCACAAUGUCUUUUGACCGGGAACAUCAGACCACAUACACGUUCAGAGUCAAGGCUGUGGAUGGGGGAGAUCCUCCCAGAUCAGCCACAGCCACGGUCUCUCUCUUUGUCAUGGAUGAGAACGACAACGCUCCCACCGUUACCCUUCCCAGAAACAUUUCCUACACUUUACUGCCACCUUCAAGUAAUGUCAGGACAGUAGUAGCUACAGUGUUGGCAACAGACAGUGACGAUGGCAUCAAUGCAGACCUUAACUACAGCAUUGUGGGAGGGAAUCCCUUCAAGCUGUUUGAAAUUGAUUCCACCAGCGGUGUGGUUUCCUUAGUGGGGAAACUCACCCAAAAGCAUUAUGGCUUGCACAGGUUGGUGGUGCAAGUGAAUGACAGUGGACAGCCUUCCCAGUCCACCACGACCCUGGUGCAUGUGUUUGUCAAUGAAAGUGUUUCUAAUGCAACUGUGAUUGACUCACAGAUAGCCAGAAGUUUGCACACCCCACUCACGCAGGAUAUAGCUGGUGACCCAAGUUACGAAAUUAGCAAGCAGAGACUCAGUAUUGUCAUUGGGGUGGUGGCCGGGAUUAUGACCGUGAUUCUAAUCAUCUUAAUUGUAGUGAUGGCAAGGUACUGCCGGUCCAAAAGCAAAAAUGGCUAUGAAGCUGGCAAAAAAGAUCACGAAGACUUUUUUACACCCCAGCAGCAUGACAAAUCUAAAAAGCCUAAAAAAGACAAGAAAAACAAAAAAUCUAAGCAGCCUCUCUACAGCAGCAUUGUCACUGUAGAAGCUUCUAAACCAAAUGGACAGAGGUAUGAUAGUGUCAAUGAGAAGCUGUCAGACAGCCCAAACAUGGGGCGAUACCGAUCCGUUAACGGUGGGCCUGGCAGUCCUGACCUGGCCAGGCAUUACAAAUCUAGUUCUCCAUUGCCUACUGUCCAGCUUCAUCCCCAGUCACCAACUGCAGGAAAAAAACACCAGGCCGUACAAGAUCUACCACCAGCCAACACAUUUGUGGGAGCAGGAGACAACAUUUCAAUUGGAUCAGAUCACUGCUCUGAAUACAGCUGUCAAACCAAUAACAAGUACAGCAAACAGCCAUUUCGUAGAGUGACGUUUUCUGUUGUGAGUCAGCCUCAGGACCCACAUCAGGGGUCACUGCAGAGUUGCUAUGACAGCGGGCUGGAGGAGUCAGAGACACCAAGCAGUAAGAGUUCAUCAGGGCCAAGGCUGGGUGCCCUUCCACUCCCAGAGGACAGCUACGAAAGGACCACGCCGGAUGGCAGUGUUGGUGAGGCAGAGCAUAUGGAAAAUGAUUCAAGACCUCUUCCAGAUGUAGCCCUGACUGGGAAGUGUACCCGUGAGUGUGACGAAUAUGGCCACUCAGACUCCUGCUGGAUGCCAGUCCGUACUUCUCCAGAGAGGAAGAAGAGCCAGCCCAAACUCUCCACUUUCAUGCCUGUUGAUGAACGAGGAAGCCAGGAAAAGCUGGCCAAUGGUGAGGCCGCCAUUAUGGGUGACCGCAACAGAAACCUCCUGAACAAAAAGUUGACCUCGUCCUAUGAGACCUUCAGUGCAGCUAGUUUCAGCAAAAAUGAGGAAGCCAACCCCGAGGAUAUUCCCCUUACAAAAACAGGGGAAUACAAGCCAUCUCCUGUCAAUACUCUCACUAGAAGAGAAGUUUACCUGUAGGCUCUAAAGGAGAACAACAAAGUUCUUUUCAUGUAUGAGAAGGAGAAUAAGGGGCAAAAAAAAACCUUACAAAGAAAAACCGUUUAAUCAAAAAGAGGGGGCUACCAAAGAGACAAAGCUUUGCCUGCCACUUCUGCCUCCAGAUCAGGCCUUUAGUGAUACUGUUAGCCUGAUUGUAAUGUACAAUGUAGAAACCAUCCUUGUUACUUGCAUGUCUAACCCCUUCACCGAUUAUUCCCAACACCUGCUAUCCCUCUUCCCCAUCCCCCUCCAAGGAGGAAAAAAAAAAAAAAAAGAUGGUUGCAAGUUUUCUUUCAUGGUAACAAGCCUGAUUAGCAGAACACAACACACUCUCAUUAUCCCUAAGCUGAAGCAUGAUUUUGUCACUUUGAUUUAGUUCGAAUGCCAUCCGGCUGGUCAAAAAAAUAAACGUGAAAAUAAAAUAAUACUAAUAAUAACGACAACGACGACAACAACAAAACCAAAACCAAAAACAGAUCAGGUAAGAUGUAUUUCAGACAUACCAUCAGGAUAUGAUUAAUCACCAUGAAAGGCAAUCCCCCCAAAAUGGUAGAGUCCCUGUAGAGGUACAGUUCUUAUAAAGGGGGACUCUGUAAGAGGCAUAUUGAGAAUCUCACAGGUGCCGUAUUCUAAUAACAGAGACUGACAACUAGACAAUACCCCGCUGGAGAUUGCAGUCCCAAAUUGGCAUACGUUGUUCUUUUCAAGUCAGGAGUAUCAACUUCAACCCCAUACGUCCAUUGAAUAUUUUUUGUAUGGACACAAUCUUGGCCAAUUACAAGUCAAUUACACCAAUUAUAACUUGUAAAAAUUAUAUAUAUAUAUAUAUAUAUAUAAUUUUUUUUUUUUUUCCGAACGGCACCACUAUUACCAACGAACUGGAACAAUUGUCAUUAAUUGUCAUUAAAAGGCCAAAGAUCACACGGCAGAUCAGGGAAAUCAUGAGGUAGAUUUGGUCUCGACAUGGAAAUUCAUUAAGAAACAAAAGCAACCAAACCCAUGCGCCCACAGAAAUACUCCAACACUAGCUUAUUUUAUGUUGUCUCCAUACCCGAAAACAGGCAUUCUCUUGUAAAAUGGAUUUUCUUUGAAAGCUCAGAAAAUGAAAAACUAAAGUGAUGUAUUUUUGGUAUUAGAGUAGGUGAUUAGUUUAGGUUCAAGUUUAGUUUCAAAAAAGAAUAUUACAGGGAAGAUUCCACUUUUAAAAAUCGUAUCUGUGGGAAGGUAGAGAAAGAAGGAUAUGUGGGCAUACAGUCUUUUAAGUUAAACUCACUGUUAACCAUUUUAGAAUCCAGGUUGUGCUUCCUGGCCUUAUUCUUUACAUUUCAAAAUACCAAUUGUAGUUUUUCAUGUGUUUGACACACUCUUUCAGAUAACACAAGUGCAUUAAUUCUGGAUCCUGUGCAAUAUGGCACUCUUUUAAGACUCACAACAUUGAAACAAGGUGACUCCCUAAUUGAUUUGUCACAAGUGUGAUUUUGGACAUUAUUUAAUAUGAGUUAAAUCCAGACUGAACACGAAAGAAAGGAGUUCUGGGCAAUGAUAUGUUUCCUUGCAUGUACAUCUCAAUGUGGGAAAAUACGCAGUUUUUUUCAGUGUAAAAAAAAAAAAAAAUCCAAACCAGAAUAUAUAGAUUUUGAGUCAUUUGUUCUAUAGAAGAUGAUUUAACAUAAUUGGAGACUGAGCUGGGACAUUCAGACAAAAGUGACAAUCCAGGGACGGAAUAGGGGAUAACAGGUGAAGAGAGCAAAUGUUCCCAAAACUGAAUGUUUGCAACCUGGUUAAGACAUAGGCUGAUGGCUCUCUAGCAAACUGUAGAAAUAGUGUAGUUUUGGAUAGUUUUAUUCUUUACAGAAUUUCUUAGACUAUAAGGUGAAGCAGCCUGGACUAGAGGUUGUGAACUCACUAUUAAGUCAUCAAAACGUUUAUCUUUAAAAACCACUUCUCUGUUUGGUGGGCUACUUUUUGGGGGUCAUUUCCUUCUGCUCUUUCUUAAAUGGAGUUUUCAUUUGGAUGUUAGUUUAUGUAUAAUAGUUAGGAUGAAAGAAGAUAUGUAAUUGAAACAAAAACGUUGGACUAAAAUAUCAAUAAUUGAACAUGUUUAUGUUUGAUUAUUAUUUACAUGAUGGAAAGAUGCAAUUCUAGUACUUUGUUAGGAAACUGCAUUAAAGCAGUUCUGCCUUGUAUAAUCUGUAAGUACCUAUUAAGACAAAAUACUUCUAAAGAUACUUAUGAAAUGUAUACAUAUUUUUUCUUGCACGUUACGAAGCAAAUACUCAAUUGCAUAACACAGGUGUUCAACAAACUUUUUUUAAUGCAUUUUUUUCUUUCUUUCAUGAGACACUUGAAACCAUUAGAUAGCUCAUUUCACUCUAUUUUGAAACCCUUCUGUUGUCUAUAAAGCUAAUACGGGUCAUACUGGACCUUCGGAUUAAUUGGAUCCACAUUCCCCAAUGACAUUUGCACCAUGUUCAAGACAGCCAUGUCAUUGUCAUUUAACUCGUGAUCCUCUCUUUAGAACUAAAAUGGGUGUGAAAGAAUAAAAUUCCGUGUACUGUAAGUAUUCGCAGUAAUUCUAGUAGAAUUAGCUCUCAUAACAUGUUUAUUAUAUAAUGAGCUGGCAUGACACAGAAAUAUAUUUUGUGUUUGUAUGACUUUUAUUUUGAAUAGGUUAAAUCUGGUGCCACUCCAUAUAUAGAGUGCUUUUGAAAAAAAUCAAUAAAAAGACACAAAAAAAAAAUAAAUGAGUGAAUGCAAAAUAAGCAACUGUGCCUUUUAUACCUGUUGUUAUGGUAAAAAAACGGUUGUUGGGUUUGGACAAUGAGGGAAAAUGGGCUAUUCCCGACUUUUUUGAUCUUGUAUAUUUAUCCAUGUUUAUUUUCUGAAAAUAAUAAAUAAUAUAUUAAAAAUUUGCCUUCUGACAAACUCAGAUAAUGGACCAGUCUUAAAUACCGUUCAUUCAUAAAACAAAACUAAGGCAUUAAUUAAUAUGGGCUGCUUAAUUCUGACUAGAAGGCUAAAGCAUUUAUUGUAAUAGUAACACAGAGAGAUAUUAUCAGGGGUGAAAUCAGUCCAUUCUGCAAGGUCAAAUAUUGAUUUCGAAUUUCUGUUCUUUACUUCCUUUUCGUUGUUAUUUUUUCUUUUAGCUGCUGUUUCAUUUCGGUUGGACAGUAUAUCAACCAUACUUGUUUUCUGUACACAAGAAUCUCAAGUGAACUUUGCAUGCAUUAUACAUUAGGACACAUUUAUAAAUUAAUGAGUAACUAUAUAAAUUUAUGUAUAUUAAAAUUUAAGUGUAUGUCCAUAGCUUCAGUCUCAAAUCUAAUGCUCAUUCUGAACCUCCAGAUAUCAUUUCUGUAUGGUUUCUGACUGGCCUGCUGCCUGAGUUUCAGAAAACAAGGGAGGCAUUAUUUUUAUGGAAAGAAAAACUAAGAAGGUACUGAAGAUGUCUGGCUGAAAGGCUACCCUAGGAAGCUGUCUUAUAAGAAAAUAAAAUAACACACAGACCCAAAGAAGCCGCCAAGAGUCAAGCUAUCCUAAAAACAGGACUGAGAAAUCCAAAGACCAAGUAAUUUUAGGUAUAUUGUAUCAAUGAUAAAUAUACAAUGUGUCCUUAGGAGGGAAAAAAAAAAAAGUGAAGAUGAUCCUGAAUAUUCUAAAGCUGGUUAGUUGGGACCCAGGCAGAGGUAUAAGUAACAUCUGGAGGGAGGCAUCGUUUUUUCAGCUACCUAGGGUUUACUUUCAGACAACUUUUCCUACAUUUUAAAGCACUUGCAUUCAGUGUGGUACGAUCUGUUUGUAAUGUUAAUCAUUGACUAUUGUUCUGCUACUUGGAUGUUGAUAGUGAAGCAGAGAACAAUUUAUCAUCGUUUAUUAUAAGUCACUAUGCACGCAACUAUGCUAAACAUGACGAAAUGUAUUAAACACUCGUCCAACUAUUUAUGAAAUACUUUACAUAAUUUAAUUUGCUUUUGUACAGUUUUAUGUAAAUAAAUUGCUUGUC